CCCCUUGCUCUCACGCCCCUGUUCUACUAACGUACGUACGUUCCUUCUUCCAUCUAGAACGCGUACAUUUUCUAUGGAGAUAAGAGAGGUCGCAUUUUUUUGACAAGUUUAAUAUAACCACCUUUAAUAUAAAAAUACCACAUGUGUCGUAAUCAAGAGUUUAAAAUCCACCCCCACUGCAUAACCGGCGAAAAACAAGUAAUUCGUAAAUUAUAAUUCAAACGCGCAAAUUCUUGCUUUCUCCCAACGAAAAGAAAUCUCCCCGGCAAUGUGUCAAAGUUUGACAGUUUCUUUGUUUUGACGUUCUUUUAACUCGGCGAUAAAAUGCAUCGGCACGACAUCCUGAUCCAGGAGAUCGAAGGCAUCGACGAUUACUUGGGCCCGACGUUCAGAGCAAUUUACGAUGGCCAGGAGCAUCACAAGUUUAUGGAGAAGCUCGACGAUCGCAUUAAGGCUCAUGACAAGGACAUUGAGAGGAUGUGCAACCAUCAUUACCAGGGGUUCAUUGAUUCCAUUCGGGAGUUAUUGCAAGUUCGCUCUCAAGCGCAACAAUUAAAUGCAGAAAUUUUGGAGCUCGAUAAACGUAUUACCUCGACAUCUUCCAAAGUGAUAGAGAAGGGUGAGGAGCUUGUGAAGGCUCGGAAAGUCGAGAGCAACAUGGCUGCUGCCGUGGACAGUCUUACUAUGUGCCUUCCCGUCCUAGCUGCAUACGCGAAACUACAAAAGCAAUUGAAAGACAAGCGUUACUAUCCAGCGCUGAAGACACUGGAGCAGUUGGAGCACAACGACUUGCCAAAAGUUACGAACUACAGAUUUUCCUCACAAAUCACACAACAGAUUCCAGAAUUGCGAGAGAAUAUUAAGGACGCCUCUAUGUCUGACUUGCGAGACUUCUUAGAAAAUAUCAGAAAAUAUUCACCAAAGAUCGGUGAAGUAGCAAUGAGACAUACUGCCGAACAGCUGGCUGUUGAGGCAGAAAUUAUCGGUAGAAAGAAGAGAAGAUCUCACGCGAACAAUCAGACAAAUGAGGGCGAGGAGGAACUGAGUGCUCAAGAUUUGAUGGAUUUUAGUCCGGUGUAUCGAUGUAUGCACAUUUACACCGUGCUCCGAGAAGGAGAAACUUUUAAAACUUACUAUAGGCAACAGAGAAAGCAACAAGCAAGACUGGUUUUACAGCCACCCAUUAACAUGCACGAGAGUAUAGUCGGGUAUCAGACUUAUCUACACGGCAUUGUCGGUUUCUUCGUGGUUGAGGAUCACAUAUUGAACACGGGCAACGGAUUGGUCACUCGCGCGUACCUGGACGAACUCUGGGACAUGGCGUUGUCCACCAUAGUCAAUGCUUUGCGCACACAUUCGGCAUAUUGCACAGAUGCCAAUUUGAUAUUAAAAAUCAAGAAUCUUAUUAUGCUGUUCAAUACUACCUUAGGUAAUUACGGGUAUACUUACGUAGGACAUCUUUGGGACUUGUUGCAAGAAAUUAGAGUUCAUUACAACGAAGUGCUGAUGCAACACUGGGUUCAAGUUUUUCGAGAUAUUUUGGACGAAGACAGUUUCCUACCGAUUCAAGUUACAACGCAAGCGGAAUACGACGAGGUCCUCAAUCUGUUUCCCUAUCACGACGAGGAGUUGCAGAAAUCCGAGUUUCCCAAGAAAUUCCCAUUUUCAGACAUGGUGCCGAAGGUGUACCAGCAAGUGAAAGAGUUUAUUUACGCCUGCUUAAAAUUCUCCGAAGAUUUGAACUUCACCCAGAAGCAGAUCGACGAUAUGAUAUGCAAAUCGACGAAUCUCCUGCUGACGAGAACGUUCAGCGGAUGUCUGUCGUCCUUGUUUCGCAAGCCGUCUCUGGCGUUGUUGCAAGUGGUACAAAUUAUCAUAAACACGAAAUAUCUCGAAAAAUCCACGACAUAUCUAGAAGAAUUUGUAUCUAAUAUCACUGGCACGUCGCACGAGGGGCAGUUGAGCUCCAUGAGCGUCGAGUCCGCCAUGUUUCGGGUCGCGCGGGACGACGCUGAAAAACAAAUUUGCGACAAAUUAAAGAACAAGCUGGACGAAUUCUUGGAGUUGGAGAAUUACGACUGGAAUUUGGCGGAGCCUCAGGGACACGCCUCGGGAUUCAUCACGGAUCUCAUUGCAUUUUUACAGAGCACCUUCACGUGCUUCACCAAUCUACCGGACGAAGUGGCUCAAGUGGCGUGCAAAUCCGCGUGCUCGCACAUCGCAAAAGCCAUAUUGGGUAUAUUGAUCAGCGAGGAUGUGAAGCAAAUUUCUAUGGGCGCGUUGCAGCAAGUUAAUUUGGACACGAUACAAUGUGAACAGUUCGCUGCUUCCGAACCGGUCGUUGGUCUACCGGAAGGAACCUUGUUGCAAUACUUCUCUCAGUUGAGACAGUUGUUAGACUUGUUCAUGAGCUGGGACUGGCCUACCUACUUUCACGAUUACGGUCACGAAUCUAGUAAAUACAACUUGGUAACUCCAAAUAUGGCUGUGCUUCUAUUGGAAAAGUUGAAAGAAUCCGACAAGAAAACCGUGUUCUCCGUGUUGAAGAAGAGCGAAAGGGACAAGAAGAAACUACUCGAGACAGUGUUAAAGCAAUUGCGUCAAUUGGCGCAGACUACUCAACAGCAGUAAAACUUGUAAAAUAAAAAAAAAAUUAAUAAUGUAAAAUAACAUAUAUAUAUAUAUAUAUAAA